AUGUCAGACUACUUCCCACCGGAGCUACUCUUCGAAAUCCUUGUACUUCUCCCUCCCAAGGAUUUGAUCCGAUGCAUGUGUGUUUCCAAAGCUUGGAAUGCUUACAUCCGCGACGGACGCUUCACCAAAAGGCAUCUUCAACGCUCCAUCAAUACCAACUCCACUCGCACCAUUUUAUUUAGUCUAUGGGGUACCAUUUAUCCCAAGGAUUUCUUUUUGAUGGCUCUUUCCGACGACGAUUUGUUCAGCACAGCCGUAGAAGUUUGGCAACCGUUGGUUGAACGUCGCGGCUGGAGUGAAAUAUCGAUAUUGGGAUCCUGUAAUGGCGCGGUUUGCAUUAAAAGCACUGAAAAUGCUGAGAUAGCUUUGUGGAAUCCUUCCAUUCAAAAGUUCAAGAGAAUUCCCUUCACACCCUCAGUUUCAAGUCCUCAGUAUGGAUUCGGAUAUGAUUCGACUAAUGAUGACUAUAAACUUGUGGAAAUUGAGAAGAUCUCAACUCCGUAUUCGGUAGACGUUUCUAAGUGGUCUUGGGAAAACAUUUCUAAUGGUUCUUGGCCCUAUUGUGUUACUUUGACUUAUGAAGUGCACGUUUACAGCCUAAAAUCCAACUUGUGGAAGAAGAUCCAAAGCAUGCCUUCCAAAGGCCUUGAACUUGUUUCGAAAAUCCAAUUUUCCAAAGGUGCUCUAAAUUGGGUGAUGGCUAAUAACAAUAUGAGCAUAAUUUUAACUCUUGAUCUUGCCACUGAGAAAUAUGGCGAGUUUUACUCCCCGGUCAACGGCAUUUUGGAUAUCAGCAUUGAGCUGGAGGUCUUGGGAGGCUAUCUAUGUGUUUGUAUUCAUAACUAUAACAACAGCGAAUUCGGUAUUUGGCUUAUGAAGGAAUAUGGAGCGAGAGAAUCUUGGACCUUGCUUUAUUCAAGUAUUUCUCAUAUUUGCAAUCGUUACAAACCUUUGGUGUUUUCAAAAAAUGGUGAAAUGGUUCUCGUUCAAAGUGAGUCGCACCCUGGUUUUCGUUGGUUUGAUUUAGAGGAAGAGAUCGAUGAAUAUACAGAAACCCGUGGUAUGCCCCGUCGCAACGGAGAAGCUACUUUUGUAGUGGGGAGCCUUUGUCUUCUUGAUGGUGACCCUGUAAUUUGUACGAGGGUUUCUCGUGGUGAAAGCAACAGAAGAUCAAGACCAGGGUUAUCGAUAUCUGGAGUGAAUUUGUGUCUUUUUUUCCUUGUGGUCAUAGUAUUAAUUGGUUUGUUCGUUCUCAGUCUUGGUUUUGAACUCAUAUUGUACUAG